UAUCUUCGCCAGCGCCCCACGAGAUUACAUCCCGGGGAGCGAAACGAAGCAUUCGCCAGUUUCGGACAAAAGGGUUUUCCUUGGCCGACAUGGGUACGGUCGGGGCGAAGGUCGAGCCUUUGGCCGAGAAAGCGGCUGCGGCGGAGGGAACUGUUCAAGAAGACGGGGCUCGUGGGGACCCGGGGUUGGUCGGAGGGGAGAGCGAGGAUGGGGUUAGGGUUUCUAUUAAUGGGAAGGAGGAAGGUUCGGGGGGCGCGGGGGCUACGGAGGUUCCUGGGGACGGAAAUGAGGAUGGUUUGGGCGGCGGUAGGGAUGGCGGGCUGGAAGAUUUCGAGAUGAAUGGAGUGUCGUCUUUGUUGAAAAUGAAGGGAAGUGGGAGAGCGGUCGAUAUCAAGGAUGGGCAAAUGAAGGGAAGUGGGAGAGUGGUCGAUAUCAAAGAUGGGUCGUUGGCGCCUUCGGUUGGGGUCGAUGAGGAUGCAGAGGGCGUUAAGAGUACGUUGAGCGCGCCUGCUUUGGCCGGUGGGGAUGCUAGUGGAGCGCCUGGCGGCGGAAGGAAAAUUCUUGCGGUCGAUGAAAAUGGUGUGACUCUAGCUGAUGCGGCAGAGGAAAUUGGGAAAAUCAGCGAAUCGACGAGCGAACCUGCUGAUGGAGAAGGGGAGGACGUUGGAGAUUGUCAGUACUCUGUAGGGGACUUGGUGUGGGGUAAAGUGAAGAGCCAUCCGUGGUGGCCGGGGCAGAUUUAUGAUUUGUCAGAUGCCUCGGACUUUGCUGCGAAGCUCAGGACGAAGCGCAAGCACCUUGUGUCGUACUUUGGUGAUGGAACAUUUGCCUGGUGUCACCCGACUCAGUUGAAGCCUUUCGAGGAGAAUUUCGAGGUAAUGACGCAGCAGAGUACUUCGAAGAAUUUUUUAAACGCUGUAGAGGCUGUGGUAGACCAGAUAGGUAGAUUCGUGAAUAUGAGGAUGACUUGCUCUUGUGUGCCCAUGGAAAAGCGUUUGACUAGGCCCUUGGUGGGGAAUUCCGGAAUUAAGGAAGAGGUUUUUGUUUCUGAUGAUGGGAUCGGGAGGCUUUCGGUUGUUUGGACUGAACCCAGGAAGUUGCUUUCUCAUUUGAAGUUUAUGACACAUCUUGCUUCUACAUCCGGUAUACUUGAGCUGGCAGUGUUGAAAAAUUGGCUCUUAGCUUUUUAUAGCGCGAAAGGGUUCGAUCAGUUGCCUGGUUACCAUGAAGCUGUGGAGAUACCAGGUCUUGAAGACCUGAGAGAAGAUGUUGCAAUGGUUGAUGGCAAAGUGGGGAUCCCAUUUCAGGGGCCGGUAUUGGAAGAAUGGCUUUCUUCCCCUAUUGAAAAGGCUCUGUUGCAGAAAUGCCAUGGUGCAUCCGCCAAUGGAGGGUACAAGAAACCGAAGCAGAAGAGCAUUGCUGAAAUUAUUGGUGGCAACCUGGAUACUCAGGCGGAUGUUAAUCAGGGGAAUAAAACCAAAGAAGGCGCAGGGUCAUCUGUGAAAGAGAAAAAAGUUAAUGUUGAUGAAGCUGGCAUUGAUGAUAAGAGUUCUUCAAAAAAUGAAUCGGUGGACUUCAAAAGGUCCGAUUCAAAUGUUGAGAUGGAUAGUGGCAUCUGUGGCAGUCGCAAGGAGGAAACUAAGAAGAGCGGAAGGAAGAGGAAAAGAAUCUCGAGUCCUGAAAUUAGUGGGCCUCGGGACAAAGAACAAUCUAAGCAUUCUGUUAUAACAGAGGGAAAGGUGAAAGAAGGUUCUAACACAGAAGCUUCUGAUGGUGACUCUGAACAACUUGAGAAGGGCUUUUUGUCAAGGGAAAGGAAGAAGAGCAAAUAUUUGUCUCCACCGUACAUGAAUAUAGGGAGGGGUCAGAAAAAGGGUGACAUUGAUGCUGAAUCCAUAAAAAUUUCUAGUUUAGUUCGAUUAGGAGAGAGGAUGGUCAAGGCUGCUGAUAACCUAAAGGGUUCAGCUUCAAGUUUGAAGUCUGAGUGCAGUAAAGGUCAGGAAAAAGAUGUGGAGGAAUCUGGAACCGGACACAGGACAUUCGGUGAGAAAAUUCCUGAAACUCAAGGAGAAGGUGACAACAAGAUUGUUGAGUCGAUGAAAGUCACGGCUUCUGCCAAUGAUGUCCUAUCUGAAGUUCGGGCUGUAGCUGUUGACCCUGUACAUGCAAGGGAGAGCAAAUCUGAUGUUGUUGAGGAGUUCUUCCCUGUGUAUAGAAGCUCUGUGUACCGCAAUGGAUCCAACUAUAAGACAUUCAAUAAACGCCAACUUGGGAGAAAGAGAAAGUCUCAUGAGACAGAGCCCGAGUCAUUGAAGGGAGCCCCGACUGACCGAUCUGAAACUUCUGGCAAAUCAACUCCAAGUAAACCAGGGAGGGAAAGAAUCAAGAAGAAUGAGUCAAAAAUGGAUACUCCUAAAAGUCAACCAGCUUCUAAGAGAUCAAGUGGGAAGAAAAACUUACAAGAAGUCCCAGGACGGCUUCUUGUUACGUUCAGUCCAGGUGCUUCUUUACCCACGAAAGACGAUCUCAUCAAGAUAUAUAGUAAAUUUGGGGUUUUGAAUGAAACAGAAACAGAUAUGUGCUACAACAGUUUAUAUGCUCUUGUGGUCUUUCAAAAGAACUCUAAUGCUGAAGAAGCCCUGAAAAGUUCACAAAAGGAGAAUCCGUUUGGAUCUGCCAAUGCCAGCUUCGAGCUCCAGUGCGAUUCAGCUACUCCCAAGACACAUGGAGACGCUGAAGAUUCUCCUCUUCCCAGGCAGCACAGCAACAUGACACCUAAGAAGCAAUCUGCUUUGCAAUCAUCAACAGGAGAAGCAUCUGAACUUCAAUACAUAAAGCUGAAACUUGAGAAGAUGACAUCAAUGGUGGAUAAAUCCCACGGAAAGUUGUCGAAAAAGAUGAAGUCCAGUCUAGAGGGCGAGAUAAAGGACCUCUUGGAGAAGGUAAGUUCAUCAGGCAGGUCUUGAACAUUUUAGAUUAGAGUUCCGAUGUAGGGAGUUGUGCAGACAACCUCAAUCUCAUGUUGCUGUUAUCGUUUGUUUAGGGAUAUACGAUAGUCAGUUUAUCGAAUGGUGGUUAAAGUAGAUGAUCAGUCUUAUAGUCUAAAAGUCACUACAGAAACAUGCAGAUGUUUGUUCAUAAUAGUUGAAUUUCAAAGUUA